CUCGGUCCCCUCUGCUCAAUUUCUCUCCCUCCCAGUCCGCCCAACCGCCCCCUCCCGCCAUUUCACUCCCCGCUCCCCGGCCGAAACCCCCCUCCGCUCCGAAACCCUAACCCUAGCCGGCGCCCCGUCGGACCGACGAUGCCGAAGGCCGGCGGCGGCGCGGCGGACGAGGAGGAGUUCCGCGCCGAGGUGGAGGAGCGCCUCAUCAACGAGGAGUACAAGAUCUGGAAGAAGAACACCCCCUUCCUCUACGACCUCGUCAUCACGCACGCGCUCGAAUGGCCCUCCCUCACCGUGCAGUGGCUGCCCGACCGCGCCGAGCCGCCGGGGAAGGACCACUCCGUCCAGAAGAUGAUCCUCGGAACGCACACCUCCGACAACGAGCCCAACUACCUCAUGCUCGCGCAGGUCCAGCUGCCCCUCGACGACGCCGAGGCCGACGCGCGCCACUACGACGACGACCACGCCGACAUCGGGGGGUUCGGCGCCGCCUCCGGCAAGGUGCAAAUUGUUCAGCAGAUAAAUCAUGAUGGAGAGGUCAAUCGGGCUCGCUAUAUGCCCCAAAAUUCAUUUAUAAUUGCUACUAAAACAGUUAGUGCAGAAGUAUAUGUCUUUGACUAUAGCAAGCACCCAUCAAAGCCUCCACUGGAUGGUGCAUGCAACCCUGAUUUACGGCUGAAGGGACAUAAUUCUGAAGGAUAUGGCUUAUCAUGGAGUAUUUUUAAAGAGGGACAUUUGUUGAGUGGGUCCGAUGAUGCUCAAAUUUGCUUAUGGGACAUUAAAGCAAAUAGUAAAAACAAAAGUCUUGAUGCCCUGCAGAUUUUUAAGCAUCAUGAUGGCGUCGUUGAAGAUGUUGCUUGGCAUUUGAGGCAUGAGUACUUAUUUGGGUCAGUUGGUGAUGAUCAUCAUCUUCUGAUUUGGGACCUGCGGUCUCCUGCCCCUACUAAGCCUGUUCAGUCAGUGGUGGCACACCAGGGUGAGGUGAACUGCCUGGCUUUCAAUCCGUUCAAUGAAUGGGUUGUUGCAACUGGUUCUACUGACAAGACUGUCAAAUUAUUUGAUCUUAGGAAGAUCGAUAAGUCUCUACACACCUUUGACUGUCACAAAGAGGAAGUAUUUCAAGUUGGAUGGAGCCCGAAGAAUGAGACUAUACUUGCAUCCUGUUGCCUGGGCAGAAGACUCAUGGUCUGGGACCUGAGCAGGAUUGACCAAGAACAAACACCAGAGGAUGCAGAAGACGGCCCUCCUGAGCUCAUGUUCAUCCAUGGAGGCCAUACCAGCAAGAUCUCUGAUUUCUCCUGGAACCCCUGCGAGGACUGGGUGAUUGCUAGCGUCGCUGAAGACAACAUCCUCCAGAUAUGGCAGAUGGCUGAGAACAUCUACCAUGAUGAAGAUGAUCUGCCGAUAAGUGACGAACCACCAAAGACAUCUUGAAGCCCGACAAGGCAAACGGAAUCUUAAACUCCGUUGACUGUAGGUGCUCUUGAUUGGAACCCUGCUGGCUGUGUUGGCCAAGAAGAAUUUAAGUGUGUUGAUCAUAGGUGCUCCCGUGGUUGUAACUGCAUGCUGGCCGGGUUGGCCGUUCCUUCGACUGUUUGUAUGUUAGUCGAACCUUAGCGUUAUACAUAUGCCAGUUGGCUAGAUCUGUCGUCGCAGUUGGGUCUUGUUGUAGUCGUAUAUCUUAA